UGUAAAAAGCGACAACAACAAAGAAAAGGAGCCACAUCGAACUGAAGCAGAUAUCUUCCGGUCGGAAGCGGAGUUUGGUACAGCAUAAGGAAAACAUAUUCGUCAGUUUUAAUUAGUGCUUCUAGAUCAGGCGUUGCUCACGCCGAACUCAGCAUCUCGCAAUGGAAAAGCGAAUCCUGUUGGAGAAACGUGGUCGCCCGGAUAAUGAGAUUACGGAGCUUAUUUUGGAUAACUGCCGAAGCACAUACAUCGAUGGUCUAACAGAUAGUUUCACAGCUCUUGAAACUCUCAGUCUCAUUAACGUUGGAUUGGUAUCACUCAAAAAUUUCCCUAAGUUAUCUAAUCUGCGUAAGCUAGAGCUAUCAGAUAACAGAAUAUCCAAUGGGUUGAACCAUCUUACUGGAAGCCCGAAGCUGACACAUCUCAAUCUAUCUGGAAAUCGCAUCAAAGACUUCGACGAACUGCAGCCUCUGAAAGAGCUAGAGAACUUGGAAGUGUUGGAUUUGUUCAACAACCAGGUCACCCUGAUUGACAGUUAUCGUGAAAAGCUGUUCCAACUGAUUCCGUCUUUAAAUUAUUUGGAUGGUUUUGACAAACAGUACGUAGAAGCGCCUUCUGAUGAGGAAGAAAUGGCUGAUAAUGAUAACCAACAACAACCCUCACAGUUCUCCAUCAAUGGUAUCGAGAUAGAUCUCGACGAGCUAGAACAAUUGGAGUCUCGCAUCCGUGAGAAACGAUUGAGGGAGGAUACGAAGAAGCAGUCAAUAAAGGGGCCCAUAAUGGAAGAACAUCCUAAUACUGCAAGUUCGAGUGUUGGUUCGGUGUCUUCCUCUACCUCUCCAGAUUAUGCAAAAUAUGAGAAGGACGAUCUUGACAUGCUCUAUGAAGAAAUUCAGCGCAAACAAGCUCUCCAAAAAGAAAACGAAGAGGAACAGAAGCGCAAGAAAGCAGCUUCAUUUUUAGCCGUCCUGAUUAUGUUUGCUUCUUUGCUGGCAUUCAUCAAUCAGAUAUGUUUUAGGGGAGAGCAACAAUCGCUGGACGAAAUGAAUGGAUUUGAAAGGGAAGAGGAAGAUGAAGAUGGUGAUGAAGAGGAUGGUGAAGGAAACAAAGACAGAGCGAAUGACGAAAGUGGCUCAAUGGGUGACGCAGGAACUCGCGAUUUAAAGAUGGAAAUAGAGGGCAAUGUUAACAGUGACACGUCGUUCCCACCCACAUCUGGUUCUGGGGUGGAUAAUCAAGAAGAGGAAGCGGAAGAUUCAUGUGAAGAGUCAGAUGAGGUUUCGCUAGCCUAUCUGUACAACGACAACCUCGAGGAAGAUCAAGAGGAUUGGAAAAGCGUCGAAGGUGAUUACAACAACGGUGACGAUGAAUUCGACAGUGAAGACGAGGAGGAGGAAGCCGGCGACAACGAUGGUGAGGAGGAUGAUGACAGUGAUGGUGAGGACGUGGAAGGUGAAGAUGAAGAGGAUGGCGAAGAUGAUGGCGAUCAAGCGGCAGAAGGAGCUGAUGCGGCGACAUCCGGAGCUGAUGCCAAGUCAGCGCCAGUAGUCGCGACUGCAGCAACGACAACAUCAGCGACAGAGGAAGCUGCUAGCGCCGGUGAUGAGGAGGAAGCUGUCGCGAAAGCAAGUGAAUCGGAAGCCAGGGGAAAGAAGAGAAAGUUUGAAGGCACGGACAGUGACGGCUAAGCGGCGCAUUUUCAGCGCUUCCAAAUCAAAUGCAAAUCACACAACUAACAUGGGAAAGCAUUCGGGGGUGUACACGAUCAUCUUCAUUGCGUUAUGGAGAAUCAACAAAUUCCCCCCGACGGUCCCAGUUUUUGCAAUAUUUAACAUCAUUACCGUUUUCCGGUAGUGGAAUACGCAGUCUUAUCAUUUCUCAACCAAGGUUAGCACUACAUAGAACAGCAUGAAAUUCAAAUGAUCCAUUAAAUAGAAUCAAAACACACGUGCACGCACGCACAUCCUGUAACACACAUCUACAAAUACACGCAUACGAAGGCAUUCGAUAUACACUGGUACAUUUUAACUGAAUACAAAGUAAUGAUACUAAGGGAAUAUGAUUGAAGUGGAGAAAUACAAAACUUUAAAACAAAGUAGAUAUACGAUAAGACCAAGAUACAUAUACGGUAAGAUUCGCAGGGUCGUGCAUUGCCCUGCAAGUUGAGAAAAGAGUAUGAAAAUAGCAAGAGAAAGAGCAAAACAAAGAGAAAGCAAAAAGAAUGUAAGCGAGGAAGAAUUAAAAAAAAGAAGAGUAAGGUUGCGGCGGAUAGCAUUUUGGUUUGUUGAGGAUGCAAUCCUCGUCUCCCAGCAGCAGCCGGAACCAUUGAGAUUAUCCUCGAAUUAUAAAAGGUGUGUUCCUUUUCUUAGUAGCGAAAGGAAACAAAACAUGUAUUUUGAAAGUUGUUUAGAAUUCCCGGAAGUAGAGAAGGCCGGAAUAAGAGGUUCGUUAAAUUUUGUCUUUUCCCUUUUCGACGGUUUCGGUGGAAUAUGAGCAUCCCAUUUACAAAGCAUGAUAUGUGUUUUAUAAGUUGCGUUAAAAUUCGUUGCAUCCUCAUAAAAGCAGUUCGAUUCGUCUGCAACGGUCAUGGCCGUUGGGUGGUUCCUAUUUCACGCGCUGUACACUUUUAUUUCGAUGGAGGAUCAAAAAUGACCAAUAGAGAAAACUGAGGAACGGCCCGCAAAAGGCGAUCAUACAAAAUAAAUGUAAUCCAAGACCUGAUGUAAACCCAAUGUAGUGUAACUUUUAAUUUGCGAAGUAUGUUUUAUUUUUAGUAACGCCUUAGUAUGAGUGCAUGUUGUUGAAAUUUUUGUCCUUUCUAAGCUAAGAUAAUUAUUCUCAGGCAUUUUUGUUUGUUUUGACAUAAAGAUUACAACCUACUUACACACACCCACUCACACACACACACACACACGAGCGGGAACACACAUAACACCAUAUAUAUUGUUACGUUAUCGUAGCGUUGUGGCAUGCGGGACUUGAAUUAUCUUAAAAAUUCCGCGAUUUGAAUUGUACUAGAUAUAAUGCGCUCGAGUCUUGCACGCUAAGUGUCCGGCAUCUUGGUGAAAUGUUCUGGUUUCACAAAACAUAGAGAUGAGGAACACUGUGUGUUUACCGAUCAGCAACACUUGUUUAGAUUAUUUAGCACGUAUCCCGCAUUUUAACUAUGGGUUUUAUUUCUAUUUUUGUCGAGUAUCGUUUCACAGUACAUUUCUUCUUCGCUUCUUGGUUGUAGCUGUUUAAGGAAAGUAUUGAGGCAAAUCAGGGGUUUCAGGAAAACGUUUAAAAAUGUUCACUUCUAUUUGUCACGGCAGAAACGAACUUUCUAUAACAUGAAUCAAAUAUACGUUUGCUCAUUUUCACGGUUGUUUCAGGCCAAAAUGGCAAAUCUAGCAGGCCGUUUCUGUGUGAACUAGAUUCCCGUUUGUUAAAGAUUCUGAGAGGCAGAAAAAAAGCUGACCAAUUGGAAGGUUAUAAUGCAGGGAAGAAAAAUGGCCACCCCUGAUAGGCUUCGUGGGAGAGUUUUAUCAAAUCAAAAAAUGAAAUAUCUGAUGAUGGGUCGAUGAGAGGCGAGCUAUGUAUUAAUGCUUAAGCUGUAUCAUGAGACAGAAUAAUACGUGCCCUUAACACAAUGACGCAAACAUACUAUACGGAUAAGAGAAAACACAAGAGGCACGAUGGAUGCCAUGCGAGGUGGCGAAUGUAUUUGCUAAGCCAGAGAAAACAUGUAAAAGCCAUGGAAGGCGGUAGCAAACUGAUUUAAAAAAUCCGAUUUGGGAUGGAAAAAAAUACAAUCUUUCUGCCUAACGUUCGUUUCGACGAUCCAAAUGUAGCGAUAAAAGCGACGUGCGACGAAGCGGAUUGCUGAUUUGCGGUAUGAUCGCAAAACUGGAACAAAAUUUAUAAUUACUAAGAAAAUAAUAUUUGUUUAAAUAAA